GGUGGUGCAUAUUUUAAGCGCUGGUCAUUCCAAUUUAUUUUGCAGUUGAAAAGUGAGUGGUCUAGUUGGAAUUUGUGUUUGUGAAAAGUUUUAAAUAAAAAGCAAUUCUGAAAAUAAAUUCUUGAGUCUCCGGUGUAAAGUGCGUUUAGUUUUCGUAGUACCACCUCCUGGAGGAUUGUGCCACAAGUAAAAUGAAGUACUUAUUGCUGCUAGGUUUGCUGCUUUUAGCAGGCCUAAGUGAAAUUGCUGCAGAUGAAGCUGUGGAAGAUGAUGUGGAGAGUAUCGAUCUUGAUUUGGGUUCUUUCAAGGAAGGUUCGAGAACAGAUGCCGAAGCACUCAAGCGGGAAGAAGAGGCUAUCAAAUUGGAUGGGCUUAGCGUGGCACAAAUGAAGGAAGUGCGAGAGAAGGCUGAAAAAUUCACGUUCCAAACGGAGGUGAACCGUAUGAUGAAACUCAUCAUUAAUUCAUUGUACCGUAACAAGGAAAUAUUCUUGCGUGAAUUGAUCUCAAAUGCCUCUGAUGCCAUAGACAAGAUACGCUUAUUGGCAUUAACGAACAGAGCCGAGCUGGAUACUAACCCCGAGUUGAACAUCCGUAUUAAGGCCGAUAAGGAAAACAAGGUGUUACAUAUAAUGGAUUCGGGUAUUGGUAUGACACAUCAGGACCUCAUAAACAAUUUGGGUACAAUAGCCAAGUCUGGAACCGCCGAUUUCUUAGCUAAAAUGCAAGAUCCCACAAAAUCUGAAUCAGGUCAAGACCUUAACGAUAUGAUUGGUCAAUUCGGCGUUGGUUUCUACUCUGCUUUCUUGGUCGCUGAUCGUGUAGUUGUUACCACUAAAAACAAUGCGGACAAACAAUAUAUUUGGGAAUCAGAUGCUAAUAGUUUCAGCAUUGUUGAAGAUCCACGUGGUGACACCCUGAAACGUGGCUCCAUCAUUUCUCUCCAUCUUAAGGAUGAAGCACAAGAUUUUCUUGAAGAGGAUACUGUCCGGGAAUUAAUCCGUAAAUACUCACAAUUUAUUAAUUUCCCAAUUCUUAUGUGGUCAAGCAAAACUGUCGAGGAAGAGGUGCCAAUUGAAGAAGAUGCCUACACCGAAAAACCUGAAAAAUCGGAAGAUGAUGUAGAAGAUGCGGAAGAAGAUGCUAAGGUUGAAGAAGAGUCCGAAGACGCUGACAAGCCAAAGACAAAGAAAGUGUCCAAAACUGUCUGGGACUGGCAAUUGAUCAACGAUAGUAAACCAAUUUGGACCCGUAAGCCCGCCGAAGUCACUGAGGAUGAAUACACCGAGUUCUACAAAACACUUACAAAAGACAGCACAGAACCAUUCACUCACACACACUUUGUUGCCGAAGGAGAGGUGACUUUCAAGAGUUUAUUGUACAUUCCCAAAGUACAACCAUCCGAAUCAUUCAAUCGUUACGGCACUAAAGCCGAUAACAUCAAAUUGUACGUUCGACGUGUCUUCAUCACCGACGAAUUCAAUGACAUGAUGCCCAAUUACUUGAACUUUAUUCGUGGCGUUGUUGAUUCAGACGACCUACCACUGAAUGUGUCACGUGAAACACUGCAGCAGCAUAAACUUAUCAAAGUCAUUAAGAAGAAGUUAGUGCGUAAAGUGCUCGAUAUGAUUAAGAAAAUUGAUAAGGACAACUAUAGCAAAUUCUGGAAGGAAUACUCUACAAACAUCAAGCUCGGAAUCAUGGAAGAUCCAAGCAAUCGUUCUCGUCUCGCAAAAUUAUUGCGCUUCCAAUCGUCCAAUGGUAAAGAUGUCACAUCCUUGGCUGAAUAUGUUGAGCGUAUGAAGCCAAAGCAGGAACACAUCUACUUUAUAGCUGGUGCUAACCGUGCUGAAGUAGAAAAAUCACCUUUCGUUGAACGCCUGCUAAGUAAAGGUUAUGAAGUUCUGUAUCUCGUCGAAGCUGUGGACGAGUACUGCAUUUCGGCACUCCCAGAAUUUGAUGGCAAGAAAUUCCAGAAUGUUGCCAAGGAGGGCUUCCAACUAAACGAAUCAGAGAAGAGCAAAUCAAAAUUCGAAGAAUUGAAAACUACAUUCGAACCUCUUGUAAAAUGGUUGAAUGACGUGGCGCUUAAGGAUAAAAUUCUGAAAGCUCAAGUGUCUGAACGUUUGAGCAAUUCACCUUGUGCCUUAGUGGCUGGUAUGUUCGGCUGGACUGGCAACAUGGAACGUUUGGCAUUGUCAAAUGCACAUCAAAAGUCAGAUGAUCCCCAACGUAGCUACUACUUAAAUCAGAAGAAAACUUUGGAAAUCAAUCCACGCCAUCCGCUUAUUCGAGAACUUUUGCGUCGCGUCGAGGCAGACGAAGCCGAUGAUACUGCUAAGGAUAUGGCUGUGAUGAUGUUCCGUACGGCCACGUUGCGUUCGGGUUUCAUGCUUCAAGAGACUGCUGAUUUUGCGGACACAAUUGAAAAAAUGAUGCGUCAAACUCUUGGUGUGUCCCUUGACGAACAAGUUGAGGUAGAUGAUGAUGAAGAUUCAUCGUUUGACGCUGGUAGCGAAGAUGAUGAUGAUUCAAAUGAGAAGGCCGGUAACGCAUAUGAUGACGACGAUGAGGUGCAUGAUGAGCUCUAAGUUAAGGAAAUUUAGUUUUAGUCUUUGGAUAAAACAUAUUUACUAAGAAUGGCAGACUGAUUUCUGUUUAGUUUGACCGCACUUCGUCGGCUUCACGCAUCCGCGUGCAGUCGAAAUACAUACCUUCACGUAA